CGUUCAGCUACUUAACUUUUACCACACAGUAAUAACUACGGACUGAAAGAGAAUCGUAGAAACAUCUAAUUUAUAUCUUUUUUUGUUUUAUAUAGGAAAUGUCUGUUGAAGAAUACACCAAGAACGCCAGAGAGGCUACUUUCACUUUGCAAAACGGUGACAAGAUUCCCGCUCUUGGUUUGGGUACUUGGCAAUCCCAACCCAACCAAACUAAAGAAGCCGUCAAGACCGCCUUGCAAUACGGCUACCGUCACAUUGAUGCCGCUCACAUUUACGGAAACGAAAAUGAAGUCGGUGAUGGUAUCAAGGAAAGUGGUGUCCCCCGUAAGGACAUCUGGGUUACUUCCAAGUUGUGGUGCAAUGCUCAUACGCCCGAAUCCAUUCCCAAGGCUUUGGAUAACAGCUUGAAGGAAUUGAAGCUUGAUUACCUUGAUGCUUACCUUAUCCAUUGGCCUCUUGCUUUCAAGACCGGUGCUGAAAAGUUCCCCAAGGACGGUGACAACAUCAUCUUUGAAAAUGUCACCAUCGAAGAAACUUGGAAGGGUAUGGAGCAAUUGUUGGAAACUGGUAAGGUAAGACACAUUGGUAUCUCCAACUUCAACGAAGCCAACUUGGAACGCAUUUUGAAGGUUGCCAAGGUUAAGCCCUCUAUCCACCAAAUGGAACUUCACCCCUUCUUGCCCCAAACCGAUUUUGUCGAAAAGCACAAGAAGCUUGGUAUCCAUGUUACUGCUUACUCUCCAUUUGGUAACCAAAACACCAUUUAUGGAACUGACAUUCCCAAGCUCAUUGACCACAAGAACAUUAAGGAAGUCGCUGCAUCCAAGGCUACCGGUACCAGCGGUGCCAACGUUGUUGUCUCAUGGGCCAUUGAGCGUGGUACCUCUGUCAUUCCCAAGUCUGUCAACGUAAACCGCAUCAAGAAUAACUUCCAAUUCAUUCCUCUUAGCCCCAAGGAGAUGGAUGAAAUUAACUCUAUUGAUAUCCGUCAACGCUUUAACAAGAGUUUCCCUGGUACCAAGGUCUUUACCGGUUUGGAAGAUGGUAACAAGUAAAACAAUUUGAUGACACAUUUUUUAUGAAUCAGUCGCAAUGAAUGAUAUGAAUUCUUUCUCUUUUCUUAUCUCUUUUUAUUAUACAGGUAAGGUGCAUAUAAUAUAUACAUAUCUAAGUAA